AGAAAAGUAUUAACAUUUAGGAAUAUUCUUUCCAUUUAGAUCUACAGAGUUGGAUUCUAACUGGUCUUGGUUUCAGUUGCGAUGCAUGCAAGUUGGAGGAAACGCUAAUGCGUCUUCCUUUUUCCAUCAACACGGGUGUGCCACCAAUGACACCAAUGCCAAGUACAACAGUCGCACUGCUCAGCUCUACAGAGAGAAAAUCAAGUCCCUUGCCUCCCAAGCCACGCGGAAGCACGGCACCGACCUGUGGCUUGAUAGUUGUGUGGUUCCGCCUUCGUCCCCUCCACCAAAGGAGGAAGACUUUUUUGCCUCUCAUGUUUCUCCUGAGAUGAGUGGCACAGCCUGGGCAUCAGCACCAUCAGAACUGUCUUCUUUAACACCAAGGGCCAUGGAAACCACUCCAGAAAAUAGCGAAGGUAGACCAGAAGAAGGACCAAGUGUGGAAGGACUCAAUGUGCCAACAAAAGCUGCUUUAGAAGCUUCCUCUAUCAUAAAAAAGAAACCAAAUCAAGUUAAAAAAGGACUUGGGGCCAAGAAAGGAAGUUUGGGAGCCCAGAAACUGGCGAACACAUGCUUUAAUGAAAUUGAAAAACAAGCUCAAGCUGUAGAUAAAAUGAAGGAACAGGAAGACCUUCUGGCCAGGGCAGCCCCUAAAGAAGAAUCAAUGGUUUCGUCAUUAAGAUUAGCCUAUAAGGAUCUUGAAAUUCAAAUGAAGAAAGAUGAAAAGAUGAACAUUAGUGGCAAAAAUAAAGUGGAAUCAGAGAGACUUGGCAUGGGAUUUGGACAUUGCAGAAGCACUAUUUCACAUUCAGUGACUUCAGAUAUGCAGACCAUAGAACAGGAAUCACCCAUCGUGGCAAAACCAAGAAAAAAGUAUACUGAUGACAAUGAUGAUUCAUAUUUUACUUCCAGCUCAAGGUACUUUGACGAGCCGUUGGAGUUAAGGGGCAGUUCAUUUUCUAGCUGGGAUGACAGUUCAGAUUCCUAUUGGAAAAAAGAAACCAGCAAAGAUACCGAAACAGUUCUGAAAACCACAGGCUAUUCUGACAGACCUACUGCUCGCCGCAAACCAGAUCAUGAGACAGUUGAAAACACAGAUGAGGCCCAGAAGAAGUUUGGCAACGUCAAGGCCAUUUCAUCAGAUAUGUACUUUGGAAGGCAAGCCCAGGCUGACUAUGAAACCAGGGCCCGUCUGGAGCGGCUCUCAGCCAGUUCCUCCAUAAGCUCGGCUGACCUGUUCGAUGAGCAGAGGAAGCAGACAGCAGGGAACUACAGCCUCUCCAGCGUGCUGCCCAACGCCCCCGACAUGGCGCAGUUCAAGCAGGGAGUGAGGUCCGUUGCUGGAAAACUCUCUGUUUUUGCUAAUGGAGUUAUGACUUCAAUUCAGGAUCGCUAUGGUUCUUAAUAUUGACGUCAUGACGUGUGUUUCCUGGAGAAAUUCCUCCUCUUUAAAUGAAGCAGCGACCGCGUCACAGGCUGCGAUGGAGACCAGACAGUUUUGCAGAUUGUUUUGCUACUUUUUCACAUGGUUUAUGUAUAUUUCUGAUUUUUAAUAUUUCUUUGGAGAAAUUCUUAUUUUUGAUGUAGUAGAAGCUUUAUUGUAGUUUCUAUUUUGCGUUACUCCCUUCGGGCGCCCUGCUUUUGACACAGCCGUGCGUUCCCGCUUUAUGUUCCUGGAAUCUUUAGUUCCAGCAGCUGGGCCUGGAGGCACCGGCUCUUCCCACCUCUCCCGGGACUGAGAGGCUCCGUGUCGGGGAGGAGAGGUCUCCAGGUGACACAUGGGCCACCAGCUCAUCUGAUGCUAGAUGGGCCUGCAGAAACGACAUUGACCACACACGUCAUUAGAAAUCGGGCAAAGAAUAACAACAAAAGACCCAACACGACUGGUGUCUGAUUUGACAGAUGGCUUCAUUUCUGUUUCUGCAUUUAAGGUGAUUUCAAAAUAAUG